AGUGAUUAUAAAGUUACUUGUACUUGCACUUGGCAAUAAAUUACUGAGUAUAUGUUUCUCAUUUAAUUUACUAUUUACUGUCAAUCACUAACCUAUUACAUUGUCCUUGUGGUUUUAAACGGAAUUUUUAUUCACUUCGGUGAGAUCGACAAGAUCUUCAAAGCAACAUAAACUUCUUGGAGACAUUAUGAACGUUCUAAUUGAUGCACUCUUACGUUUGUCAUGGAUAAUGAUAUUACUACCAAAAUUCUUCCAUUCACAAGCUCAUGCAAAAGUCACCAUUGACGAUGAUACUGGUUACUUUGUUGAUCCACAAGGAUUUAUUAAAUUAUUUCAUGGAAUCAACUGUGUGCAUAAAUUCGCACCAUUUUACUUUCCAAAACUACUUGACCCUCAUUCAUUCAGAGUACUUAGAGAUUGGGGAAUUAAUGUUAUACGCUUAGAAUUCAGCUGGAUAGCAUUAAAACCACAGGAAAACGAAAUCAGUCGAGAGUACUUAGAUAUCAUUGAAACGAUUAUCGACAAUGCUGGAUUAUAUGGAGUUUAUAUCAUCAUUGAUUUGCAUCAAGAUGGAUUAUCGAAACGUCUAGGUGCAAUUGAUGCUGUGCCUAAUUGGUUUAUGGAUAAAAUAAAGCGACCACCAUAUUUAUUUCAAUGCCCUUGGCCACUAACGAAAGAUCCAAGUAAAAGCCAAUGGUUUCUAACGUACGCCACAUAUGAGAGUGCACAUGUAUUUGAAAGUAUAUAUAAAAAUGUUUCAGGAAUAUGGAAUUAUUUUGCAGAAUAUUGGAUGAUAACAACUAGUCGUUUCGGGAAGAAAGAUAAUGUUUUAGGUUAUAAUUUGAUCAAUGAACCACCACCUGGAAAUUUUUAUUUAAAUCCAUCCCUUCUUUUGCCUAAUAAUGCAGGUCACAGUCUCUUAUCAUUUUAUGAUUAUUUGGUAAAUGUUAUCCGCCAAACAGACAAGAAUACAUUGAUAUUUUACGAGAGUGUAACUUAUGGAAUAUAUUUUCCAUUUGUUAAUGGAAUACCUGGUACUGGUAUCCAACGUGUUCCCGGUUUAUUACAAGAUGAGACGGCCAGAAAGAAGAGUGUAUUAUCUUAUCAUUACUACUGUUGGUUGUUGGAAUCGACACCAUCUACAGAGAAUAUGCCAUCAUGGAAACGAUAUUUGUGUGAUAAAGUGAGAGUUCAAUUACCUGGUUUAUUGUUUGUAACGCAUAUGCAUUCCAAUGUCUCGAUGCUUUAAUAUCAACAUUAACCAACUGAUAUUUUUUAGCAUAAGCUAACUGGCUUUCAUUUUAUUCGUAACUUGAUUAUCGGACUUGACUGGAAAAUUUUGAAAUCUGUUGUCACUCCUAAUAAUAUUUUCUAAAUAAAUAAAUGAUUGGAUCUAUAUUCAGAACAGCUUCAUUCAAUCAAGUUAAACGUCGAAGGACCGCUGACCGAAAGUAUUUUCAUAAUAAAAUGCCACUUACAUUUCACACCAUAUCCUGACGUUAACCCGACAACUAUUCACUAGUCUGUAGGGAGUGCUUAAAACCCUACCAGAAAUCAAACCUAAAGUCUUAAUAUGUCUUAGCGAGUGCGUUUUCAGAUCAGCACUUUAGCAUACGAUGAUUGUCAAUUUAGCUUCAGUCAGCUGAAUUCCUUGCGUUAUUGUCAAGCCCAAAAUUUAAUUAUUUGAACAAAUUUCAUAUAGGAAGAACGCCAUUGAUUAUUGGAUGUGAGUUAAGCAACAUAGAAUCCUCGAUAUUCUGUUAAGUUUUUGCAAGCACUAAUCAUGUGAAAGUAGGCUUUAGCUUCAGUAAUUGAUACCUCUCUUGAAAAUAUUAUAAAAAUGAAGCAUUAGAUCUGCUGAGAUUUUACUCUUGAUCGCCUCAUUAUUAGAUAUAUGCCUUUCUAAAUAUUUCAACUAAUGUCGAUCAUGAUAUUAAAAUGAUUGAUUGACCACUCGAAUCCUUUAGACCAUGAACAUUUGUCUAGUCGUAAUUCUGAGGUGCUUCACAAUUUUCACCUUUAAAUAGUUUAUUAAUGCCAUUGAGUUACUUGAUGACUUAUGAAAAGAGUUAUCUGUUGGUUUUGGUUUGUUAGUCCUUGACAGAAAUUUCGAAGCGAAAUUAUCUCUCAUCUAUGUAAACGUAUGGAGUUAUUAUCGCACACGUUUCAUUUAUAUAGCUGACCAUUUUCAAUACGCUUAUUAGAUAUGUAAAUAUUGACUAGGAAAUUAAAUUUGAGUAAACUCAAGCAAUUACUUGUAACUCAUUUUUGUUCCCGAAACCAUGUAGCACACUAAGAAAUUUCGCUAGAUCUGAAUUACAAAUCGUUAAGCCAUAUCGACGUUGAGAUAUUUGUCAUUUAUGACAUUGCAUGAUCAUCGAGCGCCAUCGUGAAUUGACUUAACAGUAAUAUUUAAUGAGUUAUAUUUUAUGUUAGGGGUCUACAUUUUCAUUUCCUACCUUCAGGGAUAAAUGUUUGUGCUCUAACAUCUGUUGUAAUUGUGUGUGAUUACUCCUGAGGUGUCCCGCUAUAGGACAAUGAUUCAUAUAAAUAUUUCUUGUUUUAUGUAAUACAUUCACUGACGCUGAUCCUCUGUGGAAACCAAAGCUUUCAUAAGGAUUAGGUUUAAUACC